AUGGUGCGCCGCAGCAGCUUGCUGGUUUUACCUAUCCUCUCUUUCGCCACGAUCGGUCGUGCCAGGCCGGACAACUUGAGAGCACGCACUCCUCCCAACCCAAACACCUGCCCCUGUUUGCCAGCGUCAGAGGGUCCCACAACCACCAUAACCAACACAGUCACAGCAACGACAACCAAGACCGAGACUGUCAAAACAGAAGAUCCGGUGACCAGAGACACCAUCACAGUGUCCCGAACGCUCACCGUAACCCUCACUCAUGGCCCGGUGACCGAGACAGUCUACACUAGCAGAGACCAUCCAGCCGUCACAGUAACGGUUACUCACACUGAGACCAUUAGUGAGGGCCCUGGCGGCACAGUCACGACCAAGACAGAGUCUCCCUCGGAUGGCGAACACACACAAACCAGUACAUCAGACACCAGCUCUGAGACGAAACCGUCGAGCACUGAUGACGAAGCCACCAAGACACCGGCUGAUCCCACCACCAUCACCCAAACUAGGUCUGCUACAGCAAUUACCACUGCGGGUAGCAAACCCACACGUCCCUCUGGAGAUGGUGGUGGAAAGCCUGUCCAAUCAUCAGGACACAGCAGCGACGAACCUCCCCAGCACACCGAAAAGCCUACUUUCAGCAGUAGCAGUGGUGAUGGCGGUUCCAAGCCCAACCCGACCACGCCACACGAACCUCCCGUGACCGUCACAGAGACGGUGGAUGUACACCCGACUAACUCGAUGUGUUCUGUCUCUGUUGCGUUUGUCACCGUCUACAACACCAUCACGGCGACCGUCUACCAAGGCGGCUCUUCACCAGUGAGCUCGACAGGCCCGGUGCACGUUCCCCGCGCGCCAACCGCACUGGCCGAAUACUAA